CGGGGUCGGGCCAAUCGGAGGCGCGCAUUGCCAAUCCAGUUCUUUUUCACUACCCGCGCUCUCAACCACCAGGAAACCUGCGGUCCGAACAACGAGGGAUUGCUCGCUCAACCAAUUCAUCUCCUGCCGGUCAAGUUGGUCUACUUGGGAUUGAAUAAUCGAGGCCGUGAAUCUCACGCUACGAAACUUUUUAAUACCGAUUCCCCGACCGCAGCGGCUGUGGACCUUGCGCUCCUCUCCUUUGUUCCGCCAUGGGCAAAUACAAUCUCACAGCCCUCCGGGUUCGACAGACUGCUCUUAACCAAGCAGCAACCGGAAAGUUCAAAGUUCUGCCAACAUGGGUUAAGGCAUUAGGCGAUAUCCCUCCUUCCCAGGUUCUUGUGCGGAACCAGCCCCAGCAACACCAGCUCGUCCGACAACGCGUGAAGACAAUUCCCGGAUCCUCAAAGACGCAGGCCGUCUUUGAAGCACAAGAGAAGCGGACGAAACCGAAGAAGACAAGCCGCUUAUUUCAGCCCGUGGAGAUUAAAUUCGAGGAGGACCAGCUGCGAAAGGAAUUUUUCCGCGAUCAUCCUUGGGAGCUUGCCAGACCUCGCGUUCUUAUCGAAAGUUCUGGCAAAGACUUUGAGAGUCAUGACUGGAGUCGGGGAAUUCAGCAACCAGGAAAGAGGUUGGAUGGUGAGAGUGUCGUUCAGAGACAGCUCUGGCUCCUGAAUAAUGUACCUGAUAUGACAAAGAGUGCUGCUUAUGAUAUCGCGCGCCGGGAAUUCUACAAACUCCGUCUGCAGGAGGACAUUGAACGACGAGUUGCUGCGGAAGAGGCGGAAGCGACCGGUGCAACAUUUGGACCUACACUUCUCGAUGUCGGUAUGCAGCUCGAGAACCAGGAAUACGAGCGCUGGAAGGAAUGGGCCAAGAUGGAGGCUCAGGUACAGGAGCAGAAAGCAGCCGCAUUCACCGGUGCUCCGGAGGUCGCAACCCCCAGUGAAGAAAGCGUUGAGGAGGCCACUACCGAGGAACGGGCCACGCAGUAAACCUAGAGAUGAUAAUUUUGGAGGAUUUGCUUAUUGAUUGAUCCCUUUGUUGUCGGGGACAUUUACUUAUACCCGACAGACUUGAUGGCCAUGUAUACUACUGAGGACUGUUUCAUAUUGUGUCUAUUCUCUUUUCUUAUUCUUCUGUUCUUCAUGGAAGUUUCUCUUUGCUACCAGACAUGAGAUCUUAGACUGUAUAAAAAGAUCAAUUCACACCUGAAUUGGAUGUGCGUUUCACAAUAGACUAAUACUACAUUAAAUAGGCAGUCAAUUCUGAC